GGGAACGUGACGUGCGCGCGCUUUAGCACACACUGAGGGGGUCAGAAAAGUUCAUAGAAACUCUGCUAAAGGGCAGAAAAACGCCGCACACUAAUCUAAGACAUCUGAAAUAAACGUAAUAAAUCAAAAAUACAUACAACAAUAUGAAUAAGGAGAAUGUUACGGUGUGUUUUUUCCACCGUCGCCGCUGAGGGGUCUUCCUCCUGAGCUUACUGCGCUGCGGACUCACUUUCAUUCACCGGAAAAGUGACUUUAUGUGAAGUGACUCUGUCGUCCUUGAAGUUUAAUUUGUCACUACUUUGUCGCAUUAACCUUCUAUUAGAGCUUAUUCUAUAUAUGAUGAAGUUGUGUGAAUACUGUCCCUAUCUGCAGAGUUACUAUAAAUGGAAAGGACUCGUUUGGCACAGCUACUAAACAUUAAGAAGGGGGAUUAUAAUGUAGUAAUAACACGUAUUAUUACGAACCUUGUGCAUUUUCUUGAAAAGCACGCCGUGUUUCGGAUCGUGAGAGCACUGAGAGAGUGCGGGCUGCUGCGUCAAAGCCGAGCUGACGACACGGAGCGAACGGAGGCUGUGUGUCACCUCCGCCUCCCCCGCGCCGCAAGCGCAGAUGGUACAGUCCAUCAACACAGGGUGUGGAUUGAGCGCCGGCCGCAGCGGUUUAUAGACAACAAGGAAUAAUAAUAACGCCAACCUAAUCCUGGCUGGGAAGGAAAAACACGCUCGACGGAGAAGAAAAGAAAUUCCUGUCAACAGUCGACAUUCUCGGGAGAGAUCCGGGAAGGUGUCGCUGUGCUGUGUUGGGGUGGAAUAAGCGGCUGGGAGACGGGCGAAGUGCAGCGCGCACAAGCUGUGGAUCACAGAGAAGAUCUCAGCUCCUGCUCAGGAUGGAAGUGUGGAGCGAUCAGGAGGAACUCUGCACAGCCUGGAGGGAAACCAGGAACAUCUGCCACUGUUAGAGAACAAGAUCUGGAUCGUGGAUCUCAUUUGGAGUGAUUUUUUUUAUUUUAAAUUAUUAUUAUUAUUAUUAUUAUUAUUAUUAUUAUAUACAAGAAAGAGCACAAGAUCAGUUGAAGCCCUGUCUAACUCGAGUGAGGGUUUGUGUUCUCAGUGAAUUUCUCAUUUUUAAGUUUUCAGGAAUAGUAUUUUUUUCUUUCAACACUUAGCAGUCCAUCUUGGAAUGGACAGAGACGGAUCACCAAGAUCAUUUCUCCCCUUAAAUAUUAGUCUUGUGCCUGUAACUGAACUCGCACUUGUGCACUUUGCUUAGUUAUUCUUCAUCACUUGUGCAUGCACAAAAAGAAAAAAAAAACAACUCGCUGAUCACUGCACGAUCGUGGGUUUGACCCCCCCCCCCCGUCUCCUUUUAGUCAUCUUUGAACGUUUGCAUUGGACUUUGUGUAGACUCUAAUAGCGCCCCUCGCUUUGCUUCGUCUCAUCUCGUCUCGUCUCGUCUCGACUCGCUGCCUAUCAGGAUUAAAGCUGCAAGGUUAAACCCCUGAGGGACGAGGCCAUCCAUCUGCCCUUUGGACUCACUAACUCAGUAGGGUGCAACACACGGAUCCUAAGAAGCCCUUGCUAUUUUUAGGGAUAGUGAUGGGGUAAUUGGUGUUGGAAAUGAAGACACCCACUCCCUUACCCCCAUCCUGAGCACACCAGCACUCCCAGCUUCAGCUGCUCCAAUAUCCGGAGUGGAAAACUGACCAGCAGUAGAACUGGUCUUCGACUGGAUUCCUCAGUUCUGGAGGAUGAAGAUAAAACUAGAUACAAUGCAAGCAAAGCUAACUUUAGUAACCAAAUAAUUUCAUCCCCUUACCAUCAGAGAAAUAUAUAUAGAUAUAUAGACAUAUAUAUACAUAGAUAUAGAUAUAGAUAUACAUAUAUAGGCUAUAUAUGUAACAGAUUUUAUAUAUAUAUAUAUAUAUGUGUGUGUGUAUAUGUAUGUAUAUAUAUAUAUAGAUAGAUAGAUAUGAUAGAUAUAUAUUUCAGAGUCGUAGUUUGAAUAUGAAUAUGUAUAUUCUAUUUUUUAUGAGCAUUGUUGCCUAAAAGCCCGAUCCAUUGCCUUAGAUUUCCUGUAAUAAAGAGAAAAGCACGGACAGAGCACAGAAACAGCGCUGGAAGAAACGAAUGGUGCCUUUUUUUGGUUCAUUUGUGUCGUCACUUCAGGAAUUCGCAAGUGAUCAAGGAAUACUUCAUUCUGUCAUCACUGACUUUAAGUUUGAAUCCGGCACUAUCAGACAUACAUACACCUCCGAGCACGUGGAUGGGAUUAUCCUGACAACUUACCCCCCAAAGUGAUUGUUUCUUCGUGUUGUUUUUUUUUUUUUCAAUUAAAAAGCAAACAAACUCGGUUGAUGUAAUUCUCCGAAGGAGCUCCACACAAAGCCUUUCCGAUGGUGAUCACUUCAUCCGUGGAGGAGAAGCCGCAGCCUUCUAACAGAAUGGUCGCCAACCUGUCGACCGACUCCUGGGUCGGCAACUCGGAUCCAAGUCGCUACGUACCGCAGUCUCACCUGCUCCGGAAGCCGUCCAAAAGUUCAGGAUGUAUGCCCCCCUCCUCGUCCCUGUGUUUCUCCCCCGCUGAGCGAAACAUGUCGAGCCAGCACACUCAUCCUGGAUUAAGCAACAUCCAGUCCAUGGCAGAACAGCAGCAGGUGCUGUCCGAUAUGACCAUUCUGCAGAGGAGGAUCCCCCCGAGUUUCAGAGACCCCGCGAGUGCACCGCUCAGAAAACUCUCUGUCGAUCUCAUCAAGACUUACAAGCACAUCAAUGAGGUGUACUACACUAAGAAGAAGCGACGUGCGCAGCAGGUUCCGCCCGAGGACUCAAGCACCAAGAAAGAGCGGAAAGUUUACAACGAUGGCUAUGACGAUGACAACUACGACUACAUCGUGAAGAACGGGGAGAAGUGGCUCGACCGCUACGAAAUCGACUCACUCAUCGGCAAGGGCUCCUUCGGACAGGUGGUGAAGGCGUACGAUCACCACGAGCAGGAGUGGGUGGCCAUCAAGAUCAUCAAGAAUAAGAAAGCCUUCCUGAACCAGGCGCAGAUCGAACUCCGGCUCCUGGAGCUCAUGAACAAACACGACACUGAGAUGAAGUACUAUAUAGUCCACCUGAAGCGGCACUUCAUGUUCCGUAAUCACCUGUGUUUGGUGUUUGAGCUGCUCUCCUAUAACCUGUACGAUCUGCUGCGUAACACUAAUUUCCGCGGCGUGUCACUCAACCUGACGCGGAAGUUCGCUCAGCAGCUGUGCACAGCGCUGCUCUUCCUGGCCACGCCCGAGCUCAGCAUCAUCCACUGCGACCUGAAGCCCGAGAACAUCCUGCUGUGUAACCCCAAACGCAGCGCCAUCAAGAUCGUCGACUUUGGCAGCUCCUGUCAGCUCGGGCAGAGGAUCUAUCAGUACAUACAGAGUCGGUUCUACCGUUCUCCGGAGGUGUUAUUAGGAAUGCCGUAUGAUCUGGCCAUUGACAUGUGGAGUCUUGGCUGUAUCCUGGUGGAGAUGCACACGGGGGAGCCACUGUUCAGCGGCUCUAAUGAGGUGGAUCAGAUGAAUAAGAUUGUGGAAGUGCUGGGCGUUCCUCCGAACCACAUGCUGGAUCAGGCACCUAAAGCACGCAAAUACUUUGAUAAGCUCUCAGACGGCCUGUGGACCGUCAAGAAGAACAAGGACAUAAAGAAGGUACUUUAUCCUUCAGCCUCCGAGUAUAAACCUCCUGCAACGCGGCGUCUCCAUGAGAUUUUGGGGGUGGAGACCGGGGGUCCCGGGGGAAGGCGGGCCGGGGAGCAAGGCCAUGCCCCUUGUGAUUACCUGAAGUUUAAGGACCUGAUCCUGCGCAUGCUGGACUACGACCCCAAAACACGCAUCACGCCGUUCUACGCCCUGCAGCACAACUUCUUCAAAAAGACCACAGACGAGGGAACAAACACCAGCAGCUCCACCUCCACCAGCCCGGCCAUGGACCACAGCCACUCCACCUCCACCACCAGCUCCGUGUCCAGCUCUGGUGGAUCCAGCGGUUCUUCCAAUGACAACCGAAACUAUCGGUACAGCAACCGAUAUUACAACAGCGCCGUCACACACACGGACUACGAGAUGCAGAGCCCACAGGCUCCGUCUCAGCAGCAGUUGCGUAUCUGGCCGGGCAGUGACAGCAGCGACUCAUCGUACCCGCAGCUCCUGCUGCACAAACCGGCUGCCACGCAACAGCGCCACUUCCUGGGCGGAGCAGCCAUGAUGGAGACACUGCACCCACACCCCAUCUACGGCCGCCAGCUUCGCCAGCAAGGCCCGGCCCAGGGUCAAGGGUCGCAAGUUCAAGGCUCACAAGGCCAAGGCCCGCAAGGUCAGGCGAUGAUGUCGUCGCCGCCGCCGUCGUCACAAGUGCAGGACAGCAUUGAGCUGAGUCUCGGCGGCCAUCAUCAGCAUCACCACCAUCACCAAUUGGCUCAGUCUUCCUUGGCUCCGCCCCUUUCUCUUCCUCCGUCAAGCCUGGACUCCAGCCAGUACGGCUCCUCCAACCUCCACCUGGGAAUCUCCGCCUUUCGGACUAGAACGGCCUCUCAGACGCAGCAGAUCGCACAAGCCCCGCCCACUCAGGACAGCAUGGGCUACGUCCCACCCUGUUACCCUGGAAACAACAAUAACAACCCACCACAGGGAGGCGGGGUAAUCACCGGAGCACCGCCCAGAGGCGGGGUUAGACCCGAUUCGUCGGAGGAUUCCAUCAUGAUGGGAGGCGGGGGGGGCGGAGGCGGGCAGAGCGCGGCCAACUCUUGAUAAAUCUUGAACAAAUUACGCAAAGCCAUACACGAAAAAAUUGAAAAAACAAAAAAAUUUUAACGUAAAUGAUUUAAAAAAAAACAAAAACACACAGACAUGUAGUACACACACACACACACACACACACACACACCACACAGAGAAAAAAACUUGUGAAAGUUUUAAUUUGUUUUUAUUUUGCAUGGAGAGGAGACAAGGGAGAAGGAAAUAACUGUUAAUUUUAUUUGUGGUUCUUUUUUUUUGAAUGAAGUGAGAGAAGGAAGGGAGGGAGGGUUCAGUUCAGUUUUCAGAGAGCUUCAGAAGGUUUGUUUUUAUUACUAUUAUCAGUUAUUAUUAAUAUUAUUAUUGGAUUUUACAUGAUUUAAGUAUAGGUUUGCAGCGAGAGAUUUAUUUUUUUUGUUGAAACUUUUGUGUUGUUUUGUUUCCGAGACACGGAACGUUGACGAGCGUUGGAUUGGAACGAUGAAUGUUAGAGAGAAGCAGCAGGAGAGAGAGAGAGAGAGAGAUGAAGAAACAGUACCAUGUAUCUCGACACGUGUCGAUUAUGAGUUAUACGAUAUAUCGCAAUAUUCAGCACGCAUGAUAUUGUUAUUGUAGACGUUUCAAAACAGGCAGCGUUUUUGGCCGGAGAUGAAAAUAAAGUCUGUCUUUUUCUAAAUGUAGCAGAAACACAGCUGUGUUAAAGGUCCUUAUUCAGGACACAUUUUGAAGUGGCGCCCUCUGCUGCCCAGGUGGUAGCUGUUAAUGUAAAAUAGCUAUCUAUCUUUGAAAUAAUGAUGAUUUCAGUUCUAGAAACACUUUGAAACUUUUUAACACAAAAUGUAACAUAAACUGCAGCUUUAAAUAUGAUAUUAAAUACUUUAAAUACGUGAUAAUAUUGUGAGUGUGAUUAAAUCGGUCAGUUUUUAUUAUAUGAAAUUUAGUUGUAAGUGAGAAGCAUUUUAUCACCAUUUUCACUGUUUCUGUGCUGUUCGGUCACGAUAGCUGGAGGACUUAACACUAAUAUCGCAAUAUAUCGUAUGACUAUCGUAUCGACACACACACACGCACGCACACCUCGGUGGAGGCUACGGUGAUAGUUCAUAUUCGUGCAGAGGAACGCCAGGAAGUGUGUGAGAGAGAAGGAAGGAUCCCGUAUGAUUUAUAUGAUUGUUGUUGUUUCUUUGAAGUCUAGCAGUGAGUGUAUAAUGUUUAUAAAUUAAUUUAUUAAGAGUCACUACAGAGAGAGAGAGAGAGAGAGAGAGAGAUGGAAGGAUUGGGGAGUGAAAGAUAAAGGUGGGUGUGGUGGGUUUUUUUAUUUAUUCAAUGUAUUAUUUAUUAUUUUGAAAGACAGGUGACACACACACACACUUUUGUUACUUUUUGAUUUUGUUUUAUUUUGUUUCCGAUCUCGUUGGCUGACACACUGGCUUCUCUGAUCUCAAACUCUGAAACAAAUAAAAUGAAGCAAAUGACAGAAACCGUAGUCAAAAACACACACACACACACACACACACACACACACACACAGGAGGAGGUGAUACAGCAACAAAAACAACAAAACCAUGACAAAGCGCUCGGCCACACGGAAAAACCAAAAUGCUUCCCUGUUUGUUUUUGAUUGUUUUUUUGUUUAUUUUUUUAAACUCGUCUGCCUUCUUCAUCAGACUCUUACUCCUGUCUCACCUUCAUCCCCCAUCUGUCUCUCUUUCUGUCUCUCUCUCCCUGGCUUUUGGAGUCAAAUCUGUCUAUCCCGCUUUUUCACAAAUUCUCCCUUUCAUUAAACUUUUUCUUCCCUCUCUCUCUCUCUCUCUCUCUCUCUCUCCUUCCUCCUCUGCAACACUCUGUGAGUGCUGUUAGCCAUCAUGAAGUUAAAGAGAAAAAAAAGGGAAAAAGUGAACUACUUCUCUCUCGGCUGCUAUCUCCACUCUCAACCAUGUUCGGAUUGCUGCUAAAGAAAAACGACAGAUAAAUAAAUUAAAUAAAUAAAUAAAUGAAUAAAAAUAAAUGAAUAAAAAAAACUUUUUAACCCUCCUGCUUCAGAAAAAAAUGAAAGAAAAAAAUAAAAAAAACCCCACUGCAUCUCAUGUAUUUAUUACUAUUUAUCAAGAAAGAAAAAAAGAAAAAAUGAACUUGUUUUCUGCUGGUUUAUUUUGUUUGUUUGUUUUGGGUUUUGUUUACUUUCUUUCUUGGUACAGGUGAAAGCUUGACAUUUCUAUUCUGUAACGGAAACAUGGUAUUAAACAAGUGCCUCGAUUUCUCGGUCAGCCGCCGGACAGAGUGGGACGGGACGGGGGCGGAGUUUGAGCAGGGGUCAAACGACAUGUAUAGCUAAAAAAAAAAAAAAAUUCAAGCCUCAUGUAAUUGUGUAGAAAAAAAUCCACUACAAUUCAAAUCCUUGUGAGAAUCGGAUUCAUAUUGGAAGCGAGCCUCAGUAUGACUGACCAAUUACCGUAUAUUUAAUUAACUGAUGACAUCAUCAUCCAUUGUAAUUUGUGUACAUAGCACUCAUGCUUCAUCCAAGUUAACGGUUAAGCAAUGGUAGGGUGAAAAUGUGUGUGUGUGUGUAUAUAUAUAUAUAUAUAUAUAUGAGAAUAUAUAUAUAUAUAUUAUUUUUUUCUUCUCAAGGCUGCUUCUCGCAACUGGGAUUCAAACCUGCGACCUUGAAGGCAACAGGACCUGCAAAACUACCUUAACUCUCUCUCACGUCAGUAACGAUGACUGCUGUCCUUUCUGUUGCGGUUGAAACUUGUAAUCGGCCGACACGGCUGCUUUACUUUGUAUUUUCUCAACGCCAUCCUUCACGAGAAACAUCAUGUCUGAAGUAUUAUCACAUCAUCGGUUUUUUGGUUUCUCUAUUAAAGAGAAAGUUGCCUCUAAUCUCACAUGGAGGUGUUCAUCACACUGGCUCUGUAUGGAGUGUUAAAGAAUUAAAGCCGCUGAAAUGCGCACAGUGUUUCCCAGCGUGUGGCUUCCAGGUUCGUGUGAAAGGUCGUGUGUAAAUCUCACGCUUGGUUUUGUGAAGAUGUUCAGUCUGAGCUCCAUCUUGACACCAAAACACUUUCUUCUAUUAUGAGACUCAGGAAAAGGGGAGUGGCCUAAAGUCUGAAGGUGGAGCUUGUACAUCUGUCAGAUGUCUCGGGUGAUAAAACAAUUCAUGAGAAAUGUGAUGUGUGUGAGGAUUGAGACGUGUGUGUUUAGUGCACAGUGCCACAAUGUUUCCGUUACGUACGAUCCGCCUCAUUUAGUGUGUGCUGUUUGCGGAUCAGUCAAACUUUUUAAAUCUAUAAAAAUAAGAAUGAAAUGUCUGAAGUUACUUCACUACAUUUAACCUGGCAGCUUACAGUGGACAUUGUGGACAUUUCAGUCUUGGACACACUGUGGCUUUCAGAACACGAUUGCAAAUUCGUAAGAAUUCACAUAGCGAGUUUUUUCAAAGGUUACAAAUGGUUAAGGUUUUUUUUUUUCCAGUGGGCAGGGCUUAACUGCCAGCUGUUCAACUGUUAGAUAUUCUCAGUUAUAUUUGAUAUUUUUGUGUUCAAAUUGCGCUCACUGCCCCUGCAUUCUAUUUAGGAACCAAACUAGGGUGCCUAAGUAGGGAGUUUCAUUUAUUUUACAUCAAAUUUUAAUCUCUCUUCAAAUGGGAUUACGUUUCCAGACGUGUGUGUGUUCAGUCAUGUCGCAGUAGUAGUACGACAUCUGUAGCAGGUCUUCACCAUGUAAACUAGAAACUCCAUGUGUCCUUCACACACCUCAUUUUAAUACACACUGAUAAUUUGAUCUUUAUUGGCGCUUGCUGUAAGGGGCGUGGCCACGUUUGAUCAUGAGUAGGCCAUGUGACUGAAUCAUGUCUGUAGUCUGUACCUGUGCUUGGAGCUCAGUAACUUCAGGAAUUACACACACAUGGAAAACUAAUCCCACCUGAGUAGAGUUGAUUCUCAAGAAAUAUGAAGGAGCACAAGGUUGAGAAACAUGGCAGAUGAAACCGCAUUUAGAAAAAUGUUCAGAUGGAACACACUUUUCCUCCCUACUUCGGCAAAAUCCUCCUGAAUAAAAUUAAUUUCUUAAAUGCA